CCUCCAGCUCAGUACAAACCUCUAGAGCCUGGGAAAAUGGUUGAGAAGCUUUUUGAGGAUGCUACCAAAAGCACCUCCCAAUGCCAAAGUCCCACACCAUCUACUCCAGAGGUCUGGCUCAGAUAUUUGGAAGAUAUAAUCAGCAGGCUUUUCUCUGAUCUUCUCCCUGCCGCCACCAGCACAUCUUCCCCGAAAGAAAAGAAAACAGAGCUUGCAGGAUUUGACUUGCUUCCUCUGAAGGUAAUCAGACAAGUGAUGGCAAAAAUCUCUGAAGAUGAUGACUCUUGUAGCCAGCACACUGACCAUCUGCAUGCCAGAGAGGAUGCUGUGAUUCAAACCACUGCUGAUUCGGUGUACGACAAGCUUUUGGCACCGUUUCAGUCUCAAGUCAGCAUGCAGAACUGCUUAAGAAAUGGGUGCCUGGUUCUUUCUGAAGCUCUUUGUGACUUGGUCUUCCAAGAGGUUUCUGGGAGUCCACUGCAGAGCUCUCUUUCUGGGGAAUCACCACUUCGCCACCGUGCCGAAGCAGACAAUAUUGUUGGAGAUACACCCAGAGAUGUUUCUGAGCCUCUGGAGAACCAAAACACCCUACCAUCGGACCUGAGUAAAAUAGUUCCUCUUAUCAUCAAAAAACUAGCAGGAAAUCUGUCCAUGUUUUCAUCCCUCUUUCCCAUUGCGGAGAUGGAUGCAGAAAAGACUUCGUUGCUGAAGGAUGCAACUGCUGGCAGAAGCUCACAGCACCAGAGACGUUUAUCAAGGGCCGAAGCGAGCACGCUUGCUGAGAACUUGAACCAGGCUGCGGAAGAAAGCCUGUCCAGACAUCAAAUCAGCCUUGUGCCACCGCGAUGUCCAGAGCAGGAAGGAGCACUUAUUCCUGGAGGUCGAAACUACUACCUGAUUAUGCCACAACAAUCUGGCUCUGAACAAGACCUGUACAAUGACGUAACAGGUUUUGAUGCACAUCUUCCACAAGACGUGGUUACCGUCAUAAUUGAGGAACUCUCUGAUCGCCCCCUUUUACGGGUGGUGAGCGACCGACUGAGCCAAAGCAUGACAGACCCAGACAGGCUUGCCAACCAGGCUCUUUCCCAUGAGUCUAUUAGUGCAGAGUCUAAGUCAUGGCGUGAUGAAGAGGCAGUCCCAGGUACAAAUGCAGACAAGACCCCGACAGGGAUAGAGGAGUUAGCCACGCUGAGAGCUCUUCAGCCCAAGGUGGACCUCCUCGCACAACUGGCAGCUCGCUACACUGAGGAUGAGGAGGGAGAAGAGAGGGUGGAAGACGACCUCCUUGAAUCAGAGCAGCAGUGGGAGGAAGAAGAGCUGCAGCUGAUUGAGGAGACCGCUCCAGUCAAAUCCUCUCCGUAUUUGUGGAGCCCGCUGGGUUCAUUCAUGGACACUGAACCAUCAAGUGAUGUCCUCAAUGUUUGUGAAUCUCUUCCACUGGCUAGUACCUUUCAUUCUCUGUACGAAAACGGCAAGGCUUCUUUGAAAAGUCAUACAGCACUCAGCGGAGUCCAACCUCCUAAAGAAAGGGACACGAAUCCACCAGAGAGACCCCGUGUGCACAGCGCCCAACUAAUCAGUGGCAGCAGGUACCUCUCAAGGGCAGGGCAGUCCAAGCAACUGCUGUGCCUGGUC